CGUGCAGACAUCAAAAUCCAAAUGGCAAAGGCAGUGGUAGAGCAGUUUCCUUUCCUUAAAGACGAAGAGGGUCAAGGAUAUGAAGCUUGGUACACGCCAGGAAAGGGAAUUCAUUCUGCUACAGGGUGGUUGGAAGAACGGCUUAGAAAUGUUAGGAGAAAGAGCAUAAAACACCGUCAGACUGAACAAGACUUUGGCUCAACUUCAACUUCUCUAAAACACUUGACAAGAUCUCUACCAGAGCCAGUCUUAAAUGAAUCUGACCAUGCUGGAAUGAAGCAGGGGAUGAAAGACAACUGGGAGCCUAUCUCAACCCUAAAAAGUUAUAUGCAGAAGACCGUCUUAAAUCGAUCAGAAUGGAUUAGAAAAACGCCACAACUUACAAUACGAGAGGUUAUGAAAGAAUACCCUCGUCUUCUUGAUGUCCCUGGCACGGUCGGUACAAACAUAACUAAAUAUUUAGAAACAGCCUCAAGAUGGCCGUUUGUUUUAGCAAUUGGUAGUCAAUGCAACCCAACGCAAGUGUUCGUUAUAAUCGAAAGCCAGGGCUUGGAGCAGCCUAAUCUUGUGAGGGCAAUUGAUGUUUGCUUUAAACUAUUUUACGUACUUGAUGUUAAUUACUCAUGGCAGAGCUGUUCGUCGUGGGAGUUUAUACAAAAGGUUUUGUAUGGCAUUGAGGACCAUAGAAAACAGAAGACUACACCUGCUGUUGUUGCAAUGAGAGCAGCAUUAAAGUAA